UGUAAAGUAACGGGACUUUGACACGAAACUCAAGAGGAAGAGGAACCGGUGUCCGCGACGCUGUAAAACCUUUAUAGCAUUUAGGCAAAAAACAUUCACCAACCUAAAAGAAGAAGCUUGAUUUAGUUCAAGAACUGAUUCAAUAAGAAAACGAUGUCUACGCCCAAAAAAGCUCCUCGUGUGUUAUCCUUGCCUGCCAAGGCAUAUCUUGUUCUCUACAAUGUUAUUCAAUUUCUGGGAUGGUCUUUCAUCCUGUACAAAAUGGUAGACCAUUUCACCAACAAGGGUCUCAAAGUGACAGGUUUGUGGGAACAGGUUGAAAUUCCCCUGCUCAUUUUUCAAUCGGCUGCUGUGUUUGAGAUUGUACACAGUGCUACAGGCAUCAUCCCCAGCAAUGUUGGAAUUACUUUUGCUCAAGUUUUUUCCAGAGUUUUUCUCCUUUGGCCAAUCCUUUACUAUGUUACUGAGACAAGAGACCAGUUUGGAUUCCCCCUUUUAUUGGUUGCUUGGACUGUUACGGAAGUUCUUCGCUACCUUUACUACAUCUUGAAUUUACUCUCUGCUGUGCCAGCAAUUUUACAGUGGUGCAGAUAUUCUUUUUUCAUUAUUUUGUAUCCUAUUGGAAUAACGGGUGAGCUUAUUUCCUGUUACUGUGCUCUACCCUACUACAGCAUAACUCAGGAAUUUUCAGUUUUACUACCAAAUAAGUGGAAUUUCACAUUCAACUUCUAUUACUACAUUGUUUUGGUCAUGUUGGCUUAUAUUCCAGUGUUCCCUCAAUUAUAUGGUCAUAUGUUUUUGCAAAGAAAGAAGAUUCUUGGCAACAAAAAACAAGAUUAAGAAAUCAUCUGAAAGAAUGCUCAUUUGUUUAUUGUUAUGUUAGUUAAAGAAUACAAUUUGGUUAUUCAUGGUA